CCCCCUGCUGGCGGCGGGCGGCACAUGGGGCGCGCGGCGGGCAGAGCGCGGCGGCCCCGUCGCGGCGCGGGCGGGCGGUGCCCCGGGGGCGGGCGGGCAGAGCCCCCCGGUGCCUUCGACCUGGGGGCGCAGAGCGGGCGCUGGGCCGCCUUCCUGCAGCGGCACGGGCUGAGCGGCGAGGAGGCGGCGCGGCUGCUGCUGGACGCGUAUGAAUACAAAGGUUUGGUCAAACACACGGGAGGCUGUCACUGCGGGGCUGUCCGUUUUGAGGUCUGGGCUUCAGCAGAGCUGCAUGUUUUUAACUGCAAUUGCAGCAUUUGCACAAAGAAACAGAACAGACACUUCAUUGUCCCCGCGUCGCGUUUCAAGCUACUGAAGGGUGCUGAUAACCUGACAACAUACACCUUCAACACACACCGUGCCCAGCACACAUUCUGCAAGACCUGUGGUGUACAGAGCUUUUAUACUCCUCGUUCUAAUCCAGAUGGUUAUGGAAUAGCUCCCCAUUGUCUGGAUGACGGCACCGUGCAGGCCAUUGUCACAGAGGAUAUCAAUGGCAAGGAGUGGGAGAAGGCAGUGAAGGAGCAUAAGACCAUCAGAGACAUGUCAAAACCCUGACACACCCCACCAAACAGCUGAACUUGCAGCACUGCCAUGGAACUGUAAUCUGGGCUUUCCUGGGUGAGAAUCAGCCAAAUCAGUCUCUACAUUAUUGUUAUCUGAUCUCUGUUUCUUAAAUAAAUUUCUCUAUGCUGCCUGUCCCAUUCAUUUGUGACUUUCAGUUUUACCUCUGGUUCCAUAAACCACGCCAGGGCUGCCGUUUUGGUACUUUGCCCUUAGCUGUGCUAAAGUUUGUAUCAGAGUGAACAGAGCAAAGUACAAGGAAGAAAAAUCUAAUCUUUUCCUGUAUGGAUUUUUCCAAGGCAUAGGCUUGGGCACUAACUCAUUGCCAGGGAACAGAGUCCCACACUGUCAUAUUCUCACAACAAUGGGCAUGAACCUCAGUACAGCCAGGAACUCGCUUGUUAUCUCCAGGAGGAGGAUAUGCUCACAGCAGCAGGUCAGGAUCUGGCACUUUGGGCUCUGACCUUGACUAUGUGAUAACUAGUGGGUGUAGGUCCAGGGAAGGUGCCUCCUGUAGACAUCAGCCCAUAUGAAUUAGUGCAAAGGCCUCAGAAAUGCUGAGUAUUGCUGACUUUGCUCUAUGAUCCCACAGGAACCCAAAUCAUUAGUAAAAUCUCUGCAUAGGCUUAGAAAUGAAACCACUGAAAGCUGCUUCACUUACCU